AUGAGAUUGCCUAGUGUCCUCUACCUAUUCCCAUUGAUUGUACCCCAGCCGCCAUCCCCUCCUACGUGCGCCAGAAACGUUGAAUCCUUCGCAGGCCUCUUAUCUCCCCCUCCUGUCGCUCUAUGUGUUUCCCAUCUGGCCUCCAACCGAGUUCUGACAUGUUUUCCUGCUCGGGCAGUCUCCUCCGAUUCACCAUUUAAUACAUCUGCUCUUUCCGGAUCAGCUGUAUCCAGUGCACUCGACUUGCCAAACAGUAAUACGCCUGGAGCCUUUCAGUUGAGGGACGCAACACCAGACCCGUCAGGUGUUUGCCAAGGCCUAAUCGAGGACUUGGAUAUCACAGGUCUUGGUAGUGAUGCAAGAGCUCAUGCUAGUCGUUGGAUCCAUGCAGAAGAGAAGUAUGGGGGCCCCAGCGUCCGACGUUGGCCUCACUGCAAAGGUGGUCCUUUCGUUACUACAUUGGCCUUGGCAUGGCUUCGGGCUUUACGUUUGGGUUCAUGCCAGGAGGUUUGGAUCCCAGCCAGAGUGCAACGCGGCUACCAAAUUGAUAGUCUUUGGAAGGGAGCUAUCAGCGAUUGGUUCGGGGCAUGUGGUAUCCCUUGGACUGUUGAUGACACUACUCCUGAAGUUUUCUUUGGUAUCAGUGCUACAGUGGUUCUAAGUGUCCCGGUAAUUACACUCGCAGGAGUUGGUUUUCUCUUGGUAUUCUUGAUCAAAGCCUUCCAUCCGCUCAUUGGCUCGUACCGCCUUUCAGCUGGCCCUCGCACUUCCUUCAUCAAUAUCCUCUUCGUCAAUAUCUACAUCACGUUCUGUUUUGUUGUCCAAUGGAUUUAUGUGGUUGUGACUAUCGAGCAAACUAUUCAGCGGAAUCCAGUCAUCCAUAAUGGCCCACGGUUUCCAAUUACAUUUGGCCAGAUUUUCCCGGUCGUAACAAUUGGUGCUUGCCUUGUCUCUAUUUAUAAUGAUCUACAAGAGUCUUGACAGGGGCCACCCAUUAGUCAAGGCAAUGAUCCCAAUGGCCUGGGGACUUCAAUAAAAGCAGAUGUAUAGAGUCUUGAGGGGCAGUUUCAGAAUACCGGAAAAGCUAUAUGGAUUUCUUUUUCAUUUGUCCAAUCCCAAACAGCACGUUCUGCUUGCGCUCAGGUCUUUUGUUCAAGUUUCCGGGAGCGUUGGCAUUCGAGUUCCAAUUGCUUGUUAUUAUGGCUCGUUAGUUGAUCAAGUCCUUUUUGACAACUCUUUGAUAGUUUACCUGCUUUUUGCUUGAUUUCGCAGAAUGAACUUUGGACAUGUCCUUUUUCUACCCAGUGUAAUCGUGAUUGAAUUAUUUUUGGAUUAUAAGCUGUAUACAUGAGUAAUGAAUCCUUCCU